GCCGCCCCUGCGCGCAGCAGAUGGAGCUCUGGCAGCGCGCGCACGGGGCGGCUUGUGUCUUCGCAUGUGUGUGUGUCGAAGGCGAGUAUGUCGCGAGGGAGUUCGCGCGACUCUACUUACAUACGGCGACGAAUUGCGUCGUCGAGGGGCCGGACAUCCCGCAGAUACCGUUGCAGUUGGGUUGUAGUGGCUUUGUGGUCGUCGACGGGGACGGGAACAUCGUGACCACCAAAACCAAAAGUCUGUUGGAUUACGGGGAAGUGGCAUUUCGGGACGUCGACGCCAAAUUAGCCGUGCUAUUGGGAGGCGACGCGCUGCCGGUCGGUAGUGCCGUCGAACUCACAGGACUGUCGAACGACGCCUUUAAUGGUAGAAGAGGCAUCGUGACCGAGACGCCUCCGGAGGUCCGCCAGGCGGGCCGCGUCGCGGUCGUCGUCGACGGCCAGGCCAUCGCGCUCAAGCGGGAGAAUUUGGUCGUGGACGCGCCGACGCGGUCGGCGUCUCCUGAUGGUGACCUGAAGAAGAUCGGCCAUGCUGGUAUGGACGCCGAGCACGCGGCGAUCGGCCAAGCUCUGGCCGAGUUGCGGGAGACGCGGUCGCGGGACGCGUUGCAGGUUGCGCGGGAUGAAUUUAGGGAGCACGCCACGCACGAGGAGGAGCUCAUGGUCGCGGCGCGGUUCGGUGGGAGUCCUGAUGAUGAUUUGUCCGCGGUGAAUUCUCAUAGAAGAGACCACGAGCGCAUCGUGGCUCUGGCCGACGCCGUGCUGAACCGGGGCGAGGGCAUCAUCCGCAAGAAGGACAUCGACGCCUUCGCGAACGCCAUUGCCCGCCACACGGAGAACUUUGAUGCACUCUACGUCGACGCCGCGAACGCACUAGACGCGCCCUGCGGCGCCCGAGGCUGCGCGUCGGCGGCGGCGUGACCCUAGGUCCGGAGGUGUGCGAUAUGUCGGUCGCCGCGCUCACACCAUGACGUCCGCGAGUACAAUCUUAUGCUCGCGGGCCGACCGGAGCGCGUCGGCCGGCGCCUUGUCGCGCGCACCGCCACGGACCACCCACCCUAUAUAUAAGUAUCCUUUCUUUGUGA